UUUUCACAGUUGGUCUUGUUCUGCUGGAGAAGCGCAACGUUCGUGUAAUUAUUUCUAUAUCAAAAAAGUGAGUUAACCGCACCACCGUGCUGUGAUAGAUAUUUCAUAUUUGCUUAAAAAUCCAAUUAGCCUAACUAUCUCUCGGACACACACUAAACGAAACGUUAAACAUCUAUAACAGCAAAAAUGUCGAACUUGAAGCGCUUCGAUGAUGAAGAUAAUGAGGGCAAAUAUGGUCGUGUAUUCGCCGUAUCCGGUCCUGUCGUCACAGCCGAGCGUAUGUCUGGCUCUGCUAUGUACGAGUUGGUGCGUGUAGGUUACUACGAAUUGGUCGGUGAGAUCAUUCGUUUGGAGGGUGAUAUGGCCACCAUUCAGGUAUACGAGGAAACCUCCGGUGUAACUGUUGGUGAUCCCGUCUUGCGUACUGGCAAACCAUUGUCCGUUGAAUUGGGUCCCGGUAUUAUGGGUAGCAUCUUUGAUGGUAUCCAACGUCCAUUGAAGGACAUUAACGAGUUGACCGAAUCCAUCUAUAUUCCCAAGGGUGUGAACGUACCCAGUUUGUCACGUACUCAAGCAUGGGAAUUCAAUCCACUUAACGUUAAAGUUGGCUCACACAUCACCGGAGGUGACUUGUACGGUUUGGUGCACGAAAACACAUUGGUAAAGCACAAAAUGAUUGUGAACCCACGCACCAAGGGUACCGUACGUUAUAUCGCCCCAACCGGUAACUACAAAGUCGACGAUGUCGUCUUGGAAACCGAAUUCGAUGGUGAGAUCACCAAACACACUAUGUUGCAAGUGUGGCCUGUGCGUCAACCUCGUCCAGUCACCGAGAAAUUGCCCGCCAACCAUCCUCUAUUGACCGGUCAACGUGUAUUGGAUUCGCUUUUCCCCUGUGUACAAGGUGGUACCACCGCCAUUCCCGGAGCUUUCGGUUGUGGCAAAACUGUCAUCUCACAGGCUUUGUCCAAGUACUCCAACUCUGAUGUCAUUAUUUACGUCGGUUGCGGUGAACGUGGUAACGAGAUGUCUGAAGUAUUGCGUGAUUUCCCCGAAUUGUCUGUUGAAAUUGACGGUGUCACCGAAUCUAUCAUGAAACGUACCGCUUUGGUUGCCAACACAUCUAACAUGCCUGUCGCUGCUCGUGAAGCCUCCAUUUACACUGGUAUCACACUCUCCGAAUACUUCCGUGAUAUGGGUUACAACGUUUCUAUGAUGGCUGACUCCACCUCCCGUUGGGCCGAAGCUCUUCGUGAAAUCUCAGGUCGUUUGGCUGAAAUGCCUGCCGAUUCUGGUUACCCAGCCUACUUGGGUGCACGUCUCGCUUCCUUCUACGAGCGUGCUGGUCGCGUCAAAUGUUUGGGUAACCCUGAACGUGAGGGUUCCGUCUCUAUUGUCGGUGCUGUAUCACCACCUGGUGGUGAUUUCUCAGAUCCCGUCACCUCCGCCACUUUGGGUAUCGUACAAGUCUUCUGGGGUUUGGAUAAGAAAUUGGCACAACGUAAACAUUUCCCUUCAAUCAAUUGGUUGAUUUCCUACUCGAAAUACAUGCGCGCUUUGGAUGAUUUCUAUGAAAAGAACUUUGCUGAAUUCGUGCCAUUGCGUACCAAGGUCAAGGAAAUCUUGCAAGAAGAAGAGGACUUGUCUGAAAUCGUACAACUGGUCGGUAAAGCAUCGCUGGCCGAAACCGACAAGAUCACACUUGAGGUGGCGAAAUUGUUGAAGGACGAUUUCUUGCAACAGAACUCCUACUCCUCUUACGAUCGUUUCUGCCCCUUCUACAAGACAGUGGGUAUGUUGAAGAACAUAAUUUCCUUCUACGACAUGGCCCGCCAUUCUGUCGAAUCGACGGCGCAGUCUGAGAACAAGAUCACAUGGAAUGUUAUCCGUGAAGCUAUGGGCAACAUCAUGUACCAGCUGUCGUCAAUGAAAUUCAAGGAUCCCGUGAAAGACGGCGAAGCCAAGAUCAAGGCCGAUUUCGAGCAACUGCACGAAGAUUUACAACAGGCUUUCAGAAACUUGGAAGAUUAAAAUUCCAACUUUAGCCAUUUCUACACAAAUUUGCUUUAAUUUUAAAUUGUACUAAAAGACAAGGAGCCUAUAAUAUUGUUAUGUAGAUUAAUUAAUGGAAAAUCGUGUAAACGCGUCAAUCCACGUAAUCAGCAAAUGAAACGAAGAAUACCAAAAGUGGCACAAACUAUUCCUUUCAAAAAAAAAAAAAAAGACAAAAAACAAAAAUAGCAUACAUUCCAUUUUAAUGUUUAGAAAGCUUAAUUAAAACAUUUACUUUACAAAUUCCAUUGUUUUUCUGUGAAAAUGCUAAAAACUAAACUCAACAUUCCGGACUUUUGGUUUUUCUAUUGAAUAAGCGCAACGAAAAACAGAAAAUGUUAAUUGCAGGCGAAAAAUGUGAAAAUAUAUAUACAAACAAACAAACAAACGUCCUAAAAUGUACUUCCAUUAUUAUUGUUGUUAACAUUUGUAAUUUCUUUUUGGAAUGUAAACUGUACGCAUUUAUUGUUUACACACAAACGCUCACACGAAAGUAUACGCAAGCAGGUUAGGCAUACAAAUGCUGUAUAAAUGGAUAUUUGUUAUCCGCAUAAUGCACAUUCAAUUUACGGAAUAUUUAAAUAGAAAUGAAUGAAGCGGAUUAAAUGCCUACUUACAUGUACACACGUAUUAUAUACAUAUACAUAUAAACAUAUUUAAAAAUGCAUACCCGUAGUAUUAUUUGUAUAUUUGAACUUCUUGUUUGUCAAAAAAAAAAAUAAUAAUUAAAAAAUCUAAAUGUAUUGUUUUCGCUGCAACAGCUCUAACCUUCAUUUGUUGAAUGUAAUGUAUGUAAAUAAUAAUUACCAUAUUGAAAAUGUAUUGUGCAUAAAAGUGCAUUCUGAAAUAAAAUGUGCAGCCCCAAGCUACAUACAUUUCACUGUAAACAUGCAUAUACUA